AUGUUCGCAAAGGGUACUUUAUCGAAGUUAACUACUUCAAAAAAGUUACUAUAUUCCGCUUUAGCAGUCGGUACAGGUUUAACUGCUUCAACUUUAUUAACUAAUAACAGUUCAAAUAAUGCAGUCUACAAUGACCCUUCAAAGCCUUCUCCUGUAGAUACCACUGAUGUGCGACUACCAAGCAGAACUGACCUUUUGUCAAAGCUUAAGAAAACUUACCAAUUCGAUGUUUUAAUCAUUGGUGGUGGUGCAACUGGUACUGGUUGUGCUAUCGAUGCUGCUACAAGAGGUUUGAACGUCGCUUUGGUAGAAAAGAAUGAUUACGCUAGUGGUACUUCCUCAAAAUCUACCAAGAUGGCCCACGGUGGUGUUAGAUAUUUGGAAAAAGCUGUCUUCCAACUAUCAAAGGCUCAAUUGGAUUUGGUUAUUGAAGCUUUAAACGAAAGAGCUCAUUUACUUUACACUGCUCCUCACUUAUGUAAGAUUUUACCUAUCAUGAUCCCUGUCUAUCAAUACUGGCAAGUUCCUUACUUUUAUGUCGGUACUAAAAUGUAUGAUUUGUUCGCUGGUUCUCAGAACUUAAAGAGUUCUUAUUUGUUAUCUAAAUCUUCUGCUUGUGAAAUUGCCCCAAUGUUGGAUUCUUCCAAAUUGAAGGCUGGUUUGGUUUAUCAUGAUGGUUCUUUCAAUGAUUCGAGAAUGAACGCUACUUUGGCUAUCUCUGCUAUUGAAAAAGGUGCUACUGUCUUGAACUAUAUGGAAGUUAAGCAAUUGGUGAAGGAUGAAAAGACUCAAAAAUUAACUGGUGCUAUUGUCGAAGAUACUGAAACUGGUGAAACUUAUCAAAUUAAGGCUAAGGUCAUUGUCAACGCUACUGGUCCUUACAGUGACACUAUCCUACAAAUGGAUAACAACAAGAAUGGUUUGCCUGAUAUGUUCAAAAAGGAAAUUGAAACUGGUAAUUUGAAGACUCCUCUAAACGUCAUCACUCCAGAAUCCAUCUCUAAAGAGGUUGCUGUUCAAAAUCCAAACAUGGUUGUUCCUUCCGCUGGUGUCCACAUUAUCUUGCCUUCUUACUACUGUCCUUCCGAAAUGGGUUUAUUAGAUGCUAACACUGCUGAUGGUAGAGUUAUGUUCUUCUUGCCAUGGCAAGGUAAGGUCUUAGCUGGUACCACUGAUAUCCCAAUGAAGACCGUCCCAGAAAACCCAACUGCCACUGAAGCUGAUAUCCAAGAUAUUUUGAAGGAAUUGCAACACUACAUUAAGUUCCCUGUUAAGAGAGAAGAUGUCUUAAGUGCUUGGGCUGGUAUUAGACCAUUGGUUCAAGAUCCAAGAGUUCAAAAGGGUGGUGCUACUCAAGAAGUUGUUAGAUCUCACUUUAUCUUUACUUCUGAUAACGGUUUGGUUACUAUUGCUGGUGGUAAAUGGACAACUUACAGAGAAAUGGCUGAAGAAACUAUCGAUGAAGUCGUUAAGCAAGGUAAGUUCAAUGCUAAACCUUGUAUUACUAGAAAAUUGAAAUUGGCUGGUGCGGAAAACUGGGAUGCCAAUUUGGCUGCUUUGUUAUCUCAAAAGUACAACGUUUCUACCCCAAUGGCUGAACAUUUGGCUAAUAACUAUGGUACUAGAUCUCCAAUUAUCUGUGAAAUGAUGAAAGAAUCUGAUGAAAACAAAUUGCCAGUUAACUUAGCUGGUAGAGAAAAUGAAUCCAUCUCUAACGCUCAUGUCGGUUACGAUUCCUUCAGAUACCCAUACACUAUUGCCGAAUUGAAGUACUCUAUGGACUACGAAUAUACCAGAACUGCUUUAGAUUUCUUAAUGAGAAGAACCAGAUAUGCCUUCUUGGAUGCUAAGGAAGCUUUAGAUGCUGUUAAUGGUACAGUUAAGAUCAUGGGUGACCACUUGAACUGGGAUAAUGAUAGAAGAGAAAGAGAAAAGGUUUACGCUACCGACUAUAUUAAGACCUUUGGUGUUUAA